ACAGGAACCAAAGUGGUGAACGUGAGUUAAUUUCAAGGCAGAAUCUAAACACCUUUCUGACUAAUUCACUACGUUUUAAGGAUUUAAUCACUUGAUCAACUUAACGGAAGACAUGUCAAAUUUACAAAAGCUAGCAUUCGCUAUUAUUGAGCACCUUUCGUCGGAGUUGAAGUCUGGUGCCAUAACAGGCGACUCAGCGGAGAGUUUAGAAGGUUAGACCUAAAAUGUAACAGCUUACAGAGAUUCAAGAAAAAAAUUUCCUUUUUCUUCUAUGAUUUUUUAAAUAUGAUUAUUUUUUACACUUUUUGAACCAUGUAAGUGAAAUGAUAUCCGAAAGAUAAUUAUAAGUUUGCAUGUGAUUUAAAAUUUAAUUUCACUUUCUCACAAUCAAUUCCAGUUUCUGUUAAUUUCGGCGUAAACAUGAUCAAAUGUAUUUUAUUGCUUCCUGCUAAUAGCACUGCCUUUCUGGCUAAUUUUCAUAUCGAACGUUUCCUUUUUGAUAUCUUUUCUCGUCUCAAUAUUUACAUCUACCAUCAUGCCUCCUUCCAGGCAGGUGAUGAGAAGGGGGGAGGGGUGGGAUGUGGUGGGUGACUUAACUGGAGGAUGCUGGAGAAUGGAUGAGUGUAUAGAUGCACAGCAUUUGAAAACAUUCUCUGAUUUCAGAAUUCACAUUUUGACAUCUUUUGUAUUCUAUUACGGUAAGCUGUAGAGACCCUCGGCAAGAUGGAAUCUGUUUGUUGAAUGUAAUAAAGAAACAGAAAAUUGUCUAUGGGGAUAUCAUCUAUGCACUUGUCCUCCAAUAGAUCAUAAUUAACCCUUCAACCCUUAAGAGUGACUAGCAUCUAAUUUCUCCUUGCUAUAUCAACCCAAAAUCACACCUUAAGGUCAUUAGAAUGAAGGAAAUGGUCCCCAACUAGAGAUGCUCUGGAUUAUGAAACAAAUUCUCCUUGUCAGCACCUUAGGGAUUGUCUAGGGAACAGUAUGGAGAAUAUACAUGUGGAUGUGAGGGUGGAAAGGGUUAAGAACCAAUCAAAAUGCAAGUGUGGUGUAGCUUUUCUUGUAAAUUUUAUCACAGUUUGUGUGUUUGAAUGUUUUUUUUCUUGUAGUUUCAAUCCAGUGUUUAGAAGCAGUCUAUGGUAUAAACAGAAAUGAUCCAUCACAAACAGCAGCAUUGAAGAGUGACAAACCUCUAGCGGAAAUAUUCAAAAAUGCGACUCAGGUCUGUACUCAAUUGCUUCAGUGGAUCUCCUGAUAAAUAAUCAAAAACAAUUCGUAUUUUAAUGGACCUACAUGGUUUGGUUUCCUUAUGCCUCAGCACUAGUGAAGAAAAAAAGCUAUCUAAAGAAUAUCCUAUAUGUCUUUAUAUUAUGCAGAAACCUAGGAAUGAGCCUAAUAAUAUUUAUUCUGAUGGCUAUGUAAGAUUUGUUUUCAGUAUUUUACUACUGUCAUUUUACCAAAUAAGGUCAUGAGGAUAUGCAAAAUAUGCUACAGUAUUACAUUGUAAACAGGGAAAAAAAACCUUUAUGUCUAGAAAUGCAUGCAGUAAUGAAAAUGGCAGAUUUGACAGCAUUUUGUCAAACCAAAUGAAUAUUCAUGGAUUUGAUGAUUUUGGCAAAUUUUAGUCAAAUUUUUCAAAGCAAAAUCAGCUUGAUUAUGUAGUUUAGUUAUAUUCAAAUUGGUAAAAGCAAAAUCAGCUGGGCAGAUUUGACAAUUUGGCAAAUUUUCACCAUUUUCAUUACUGCAAUCAUUUCUGGACGCAUCUCAGUUAAAAAAAAGCAUUUAAUUUCAGACCAAGGGUGGAACAACAGCUGCUCAGCCUACAAGAGAAGACAGAGAAAAAGCAGAACAACUGAAAACAGAAGGUAUAAUCUGUAGGAGUUCUAUUUUUUUUUACUCCUAUUUAAAACUUUUCUUUUUCCAUUCCAUUCUCAAUUUCCAUUUAUACCAUUCUCUUCCCAAAUUUUGCAAGCUCGCAGGAAUUCAAAGAGUGGCCAAAUAAGUUGUUAAAUGACUUUUUAAGUAAAUGGCUCUUUCAACCAAUAAAUCUUAUAAAUAAAACAAAACCUGUAACACUCUCACCUGUCAAAAUAAUGAUAUAAUUUGUUAAAAUCUUAAUACCAGGAAAUCAGUUGAUGAAAGAAGAAAAGUACCAAGAAGCUAUCCGCUGUUACACCAAAGCUAUUGAAUUGGAUAGUUCUAAUGCUGUGUUUCCAUGUAACAGGUAUACAUUCCAAUUACUAUGAUGCAGUUAAGUGCAAUUUAAUGGAGUUAACAACAAGUUGAUGGGUAAUCCUUGAAGGCGAGGGUGAAUUUCAUGUAAAGUCAAGCUUUUAAAAUGAUCUCGUACACUCAAUUCCAUGCUUAGGCAAUUGCAAAAGACCCUUACAACAAUUUCUAGUUUAGGUUACAUUCAACUACAUAUAUUUUCUCUGCUUCAGACAGAUAAGUCUCAUCGUAAAAUAACAAUAGAUACCAAUCAAUUUAGUUUGAAAUCAUUCAA